CCAAGUGCCUACCAAGUGCGUUCAUUUCAGCAAUCACGAUUUCAACACUGUCUAUCAACAACACGCAAACAUGACCUCACCUUCUGUUCUGCUCAUUGGCGCGAGUGGCUACCUCGGCCGUCCUAUCUUGAAAGAGCUCUUGCGCCAACGGUCUCUCUUCAAGCGCAUUGCAAUCCUCGCGGACGAGUCCAGGGCUCACAAAUUUUCAGAGGAUAAGCUCAGUGGAAUUGAAGUUGUUGUUGGUUCUUUCACAGACCCGACGUCUUUUCUAGGCUUUGAUACGGUGCUCUCUCUUCUCGGCAACCACGCCAUGAAACUCCAACCCGAAAUCAUCGAUGCAGCAGUCCAGGGCGGAAUCACGGAAUUUUACCCUUCUGAAUUUGGGUCUGACAUAUCGCAAGGUGACUAUUUGACCAACCGUUACUGGCGCGAUAAGCAUAUCACCCGUCAGCAUCUACGCACUACCGCGGCACUCAACCCUACGUUCAACUAUACCUUCAUCAUAGUCGGCGGUUUCAUUGAGCUCGCACUCGAGCCUCUCUUUGGCACUGAUAUUGUGAACAAGAAUUUCACCUUCUACGGUACACCGGAGAAAGCGGAAUCGCUCACUGCCGUUGCCGAUGUCGCUCGCUACACACUGGAGUCGAUUUUGCUUCCAAAAUCGCCAACUCAGGAGCGGCAGUUUCGAGUACCAGGAGGGCUGUGGAAGUGGGGUGAUAUCAUUGAUACGUUGGAGAAGGUUCAGGGAGCGACAUACACCCGAGACUUUCGGCCGAGGCAAGAAGCGAUUGACAAGGCGAAAGAGUGCGAAAAGAACGGUGAUGUAGAUGACGAGCUGGCCUAUAGUUUGAGAGCAAUUAUGGGAGACCCAAAUGCUGAGGGUGUGCCAAAACCAUGGGACAACGAACAAUUUUCAUUUCAGCCGCAGACUUUAGAAGUCACACUGAAAGAGUUUUUUGCGAAACAUUGA